AAACGAAAAUGAAAAAGAAAAACAAUCUUACAAUCGGUGGGUGUAGUUGGCGAAGAGUGGUUCGCUCAACGAACGCUUCAACGGCAACAUUUCACGGCCCAGAGAAGAGAUGGCUGAUUGAAGAAACCCAGAUUGGUGGGUUUUUUGGUUUUUCGUUUGUGGGAUUGAAGAAGGUCCUCAGGUGAAGAUCUGGGGCUAAUUUCUUUUCUGGGUUUGAUUUUCUUUUGUUUAGGAAUUGGGAUUCUUGGGGUUAAAUUUGAAUAAGAAUUAGGAAGAAAAGAAAAUGAGCGCAUCGAGGUUUAUCAAGUGCGUCACAGUCGGUGAUGGUGCCGUUGGUAAAACAUGCCUCCUCAUUUCCUACACCAGCAAUACUUUUCCUACGGAUUAUGUGCCAACUGUAUUUGACAAUUUCAGCGCCAAUGUGGUUGUGAAUGGAGCCACUGUCAACCUGGGAUUGUGGGAUACUGCUGGACAAGAGGAUUAUAACAGAUUAAGACCUUUGAGUUACCGUGGGGCAGAUGUUUUCAUACUGGCAUUUUCUCUCAUAAGCAAGGCCAGUUAUGAAAAUGUUUCCAAGAAGUGGAUUCCAGAGUUGAAACAUUAUGCGCCUGGUGUUCCAAUAGUUCUUGUUGGAACCAAGCUUGAUCUGCGGGAUGAUAAGCAGUUCUUUAUAGACCAUCCUGGUGCAGUCCCCAUCACCACCGCACAGGGAGAGGAGCUGCGGAAGCUGAUUGGUGCACCUGCUUACAUCGAAUGUAGUUCAAAAACGCAGCAGAAUGUUAAGGCGGUUUUUGAUGCCGCAAUCAGAGUUGUCCUUCAACCGCCGAAGCAGAAGAAAAAGAAGAGCAAAGCACAAAAAGCUUGCUCCAUAUUGUGAUUUGAAAGAGUGCAAAGACUCACGGUCACUGUCCUACCAGGUUCCCUCCUUUCUUUUCUACCCUUUUGUUGCUCUCGAAGAAGCUGGAGGCCUCAAAUUAUUGUCUUAAGAGACUAUCAUUAGGAUCUCAUUGAAGCGUCAGGUGGUUUGAUUUUCCUUUCCUGGAAUUUGUGAUUCUAAUUGCUGAAUUCCAUUACAAGAUUGGUCACCUCCCCCUUCGGUAUUGAUAUGUUUUAAUGUAUUAAUUGGACUGGAUGACCAAUUAGGGAAACAACCUUGCCGCUUCGCACGGAUACGUGAACUAUGGUCUUUGUAUGUUUUUUUUUUUUCAAUGAUUUGGGUAUGUUUGUCAUGUUAGUAUUUCAUGUUUAGUCUGUUAAACAUCUUGAUAGUUUAUUAUUGAAAUCUAUGGGUUCCUUUCAUC